AUUGCAACUCCUUCCUUGUGCUGGUAAUCUGUUUUGCUCAAGUGGGUUUUGUUUUCCAUUUCUUUCGUUUCAAAAUUGCACUGAAUAUUGAACCAGCUUCGUUUCGUUCAGUCUCUUUUUCACCACCACGACCAUCAUCACGACUUUUCAAUGGCUACCUCACGAGACCUCUCCGAGUCUUCUGCUUCCUCCUGCGUCUCCCUGCAUGCCAUCUCCGCCUCUAUCCCUGACCCGUCCUCCGCCGUCUCUGGCCCUGCUUCCGUCGCCGCCUCCGGUUCGUCCUUGCGCCUCGCCUCGUCCUCCUCUCCCAGACGGUGGCGGCCUGACAAGGGGAUUGUGGGCUCCGUCACCAGACCCAACAACCCGUGCCCGGGAGAAAAGGCAAAUGUUAUCUCGUGGUUAUUGAUGUGGUGGCUCAUCCCCCUCCUGAGGCAGGGCAACAGACGUUCACUUAACGAGGACGAUCUGUACACGGUGCAGAGCAGAGACGCAUCUUUCACCCUCGGCAACAGAUUACAGAAAGAGUGGGACAAGGAGCUGGAAGAGAGCAAGAUCAAAAAGAGAAAGACGAGCUUCGUGCGGGCGCUGAUUCGAUGCUUCGGCUGGGAGUUCGCGGCCGUCGGUAUCUUGGCGGCCAUCGAGGAGUGUGUCUUGAGGAUAGUCCAGCCAGUCUUGCUAGGCGGCCUGGUGCGUUAUUUCGACAGCCGCCACGUAGGGAGUCUUGGUGCGGGCAUGGCCUACGCGUCAGGCAUUGUCUUGAUAGCAGUUGUGCACAUCUUUGUGUACCAUCCGUACAACUUCAAGUGUCGCCACAUCACCCUGAAUCUGAAAACUGCAUCCUGUGCCCUCAUCUUCAGAAAGGCUCUGCGACUGAGCAAGGCAGCACUUGGGAAAACCACCACGGGCCAGAUGGUGAAUCUGUUGUCAAAUGAUGUUAACAGGUUUGAUACAAGUGCCAUCUUCCUUCACUACAUUUGGAUUGGUCCUCUUCAGACAUUGAUUGUGUUGGGGAUCCUAUGGAAUGAAAUAGGAGCUGCCUGUUUGGCUGGGAUCAUGCUUCUCAUCUUAUUUGUUCCAUUUCAAACAUGGCUGGGGAGGGUAUUCUCCAAACUGCGAAUGGCCACCGCCCACCGUACUGAUGAACGGGUGAGGAUUAUGCACGAGAUCAUCAAUGCCAUGCGGAUCAUCAAGAUGUACACAUGGGAGAAACCCUUCACUGCCUUGACUGAGGCAGCACGCAAGUCAGAGCUUGGUGUCAUCAUGGAAACAAACUACUACCGUGCUGUGAACAUGUCUCUCUUCCUCACUUCAUCAAAGGUCAUCAUUUUUGUGUGUCUCCUCACCUACGUCCUCACUGACAAUGUGCUGACAGCUGAGAAGGUUUUUGUGACUUCAUCCCUGAUUAAUAACGUGCGCCUUGUGAUGACUCUCUUCUUUCCUUUCGCAAUUGCAAUGGGCUCAGAGACACUUAUAUCCUGCAAGAGAUUACAGGAGUUCCUUGAAAUGGAAGAAAGGGAAGAUACAAGCCACAUUGAUAAGCCAAACCUUCGACCUAAACCAAAGGAUUGCUGCCUGGUCAUGUCAGGUGUGACAGCUAAGUGGAGCAACAUCACUGAAGACAACACGCUCACUAAUGUGUCGUUUUCAGUCAAGGCAGGGGAACUUCUAGCCAUUGUUGGCCCUGUUGGAGCAGGGAAGGGAUCUCUUCUGAAUGCCAUUCUUGGGGAGCUACCAGCACAGUCUGGGAGAAUCACUGUAAGAGGGAAGAUUGCCUAUGCCUCACAGGAGCCAUGGGUUUUCUCAGGAACAGUGCGGCAGAACAUCCUGUUUGGGAAGCAGUUGAAUGAGAAGAAAUAUGAAGAGGUUGUCAGAGUUUGUGCAUUGGAGCAAGAUUUCAAGGAGCUGCCUGAUGGAGACAUGACGACUGUUGGAGAACGUGGCAUGGCUCUCAGUGGUGGACAGAAGGCUCGGGUCAACUUAGCAAGGGCAGUGUAUGCAGAUGCAGACAUAUACCUCCUCGAUGACCCACUAAGUGCAGUGGACAGUCAUGUAAGCCGCCACCUCUUUGAUAACUGUAUCAUGAAGCAUCUCAAGCAUAAAGUGAGAGUCCUUGUCACACAUCAGCUGCAGUAUCUCAGCUCUGCUUCAGAAAUUCUUGUGCUUAAAGAGGGACACAUGGAAGCCAUUGGACCAUACCAUCAACUGGUGAACAGUGGUUUAGACUUUGGCACUCUCAUCUCAGAGAAUCAGGAAGAAGAAAUCACUUCAUCCUUCUCCAGCCGGAAAGCAAGUGUCAAAAAAUCUAAUAGUAUAAACAAAGCCAUACUGAGUGAGAGAAUAUUACGCGAGAGGAAGAGAACUGACUCCACAUCAUCUACACAUCAGCUGGAAGAAAGCAUCUUGGGCUCCAGCAUUUCCCUUCAUGACUCAGUGGAGGCAGACAACAUUCUCACCAUAUCAGGGGCACACACCACUGGUUCUUCCACAGCCAUAUCAAGUGGCAUGUCUAAUUCAUCCUAUAAUGACUCAAAAGCACCAUGCAGGCCUAAGAAUAGACUGGAGUACUCUGUGGACAUCGAGACAACAGAACCACUGAUUGAAGCUAAAAAUGACAAUAAUAAUGAAAAAGAAACAUCAGGCAAUAAAGAAAUUCGAUCACACGGCUCUGUCAAAGCUAAAGUGUAUCUUAAAUACUUCCUUGCUGGAGGUGGCUGGUGCAUAUUUGCACUUUUGAUUAUUAUCAACAUAUUUGCUCAAGUUCUCUUCUCUGGUAUAGACUACUGGCUGGCAUAUUGGGCAAAUGGAGAGCAAAUCAGAGCACAAAUUGUGUUGAACUCUUCUACAUGGGACAUUCCAAAAAAUACCACGGUGUUCUCAUACAGCAAUGCACCAGUCCCUGAAGGCUACAUGGACACCAAUACUAACAUUUAUAUAUACUCAGGCAUGACAGUUGGUCUUUUCCUGUUGUCUUUAUGCAGAACUGUUGUAUUCUUCACAUUGUGCAUGAAAUCUUCCAAGACACUGCACAACAACAUGUUCAGAGCCAUCAUCAGAGUUCCUAUCAAAUUCUUUGAUACUCAUCCUGUUGGUCAGAUCCUUAACAGAUUUACAAAGGACUUGGGUCAGAUAGACGAGUUGCUUCCGACCACAAUGUUUGAUGUUAUCACGAUUUUCCUGAACUUUCUGGGCAUUAUCAUCAUCAUUGCACUGGUGAAUGUGUGGUUGUUGAUACCAACAGUGUUCCUGGGUAUGAUCUUUGUGUAUCUCCGCCGUUUCUACCUCUGCUCAGCUCGUGACGUGAAACGUCUUGAAGGAAUCACCCGGAGCCCAGUGUUCACCCAUUUGAGCACGUCCCUACAGGGCCUCACCACCAUCAGGGCCUUCGAGAUGCAGCAGACAUUUAUGGAUGAAUUUGACAGCCACCAGGACCUCCAUUCUUCAGCCUGGUUCCUUUUCCUUUGCACCACACGAUGGUUUGGCAUCUGCCUGGAUUGGCUGUCCUGCAUCUACAUCAGUAUGGUCACCUACAGCUUUAUGGCACUCCCAGAUACCCUUGGUGGAGACAUUGGACUGGCCAUCUCCUCUGCCAUGCUGCUAUCAGGCAUGUUCCAGUGGGGUGUGCGACAGUCUGCUGAAGUGGAGAACCAGAUGACCUCAGUUGAGCGUGUCUUAGAGUAUUCCUCUUUUGAACCUGAGGCUGCAUUAAAUACUGAAGCAGGAAAAGUACCAAAAGAUGUGUGGCCUGACAGUGGAGUCCUAAAGUUUGUGAAUGUCUCACUGAAGUACAAUGAAGAGACUACUGUGUUAAAAAAUCUCAAUUUCAACAUCCAGGCAAAGGAGAAGAUUGGCAUUGUGGGCAGGACAGGAGCUGGAAAGUCUUCCUUGAUCACCUCCCUCUUCCGUCUCACUGAACCAUCAGGUGUCAUUUACAUUGAUGGCAUUAAAAUCCAGGAGCUGGGCCUGCAUGAUGUUCGGGGCAACAUUUCUAUCAUACCUCAAGACCCAACUCUCUUUUCUGGAACCAUGAGGAAAAACCUGGAUCCCUUCCAUCAGCACUCAGAUGAGCAGCUCUGGAAAUCCCUGGAAGAGGUCCAACUCAAAACUGCAGUGUCUGACAUGGGUGGGCUAGAAACUCAGAUGGCUGAAGGCGGCAUCAACCUGAGUGUUGGGCAGCGACAGCUGGUGUGUUUGGCACGAGCUAUUCUCAGACACAAUAAGAUUCUUGUCUUGGAUGAAGCAACAGCAAAUGUGGACCCAAGGACGGAUGAACUAAUCCAGCAGACAAUCAGAACCAAGUUUGCUGAAUGUACAGUGCUCACCAUUGCUCAUCGACUGCACACUAUCAUGGACAGUGACCGUGUGAUGGUGCUUCAGGCUGGCCAGCUCAUGGAGUUUGAUACACCAUAUAAUCUUCUCAACAACAAGACCUCAAUAUUCUUCUCCCUUGUCCAACAAACAGGCCAAGCAUCUGCAAAACAGUUGCAUCAAAUUGCAGAAAUGGCUCAUCAGAGGCAGCAAGACAGUGAAGGUAACACAGCAAGUGGUAGCAAAUGAGACAUUUCUUGGAAAUAUAGUGGAUCUAGUAGUACUUGGAGUGAUAAGCAAUGGGAAGUUUAUCCCAUUAACCAAGCCAAGGACUAAGUAUGUACUUUUGUGUUAUGUUCAUUGAACAAACCUCUUUUGGUUUUGCUAUUAUAUAGUUACUGUGAUAAUUUAUUCAGUAAAACUGAUAGUUCAGGUAUCCAAUAAAGAUUAUUUUGGAACAAAAGAUUUAGGGUAAUGGAGGUACUAAGGCUGAUUUCCAUGAUAAGUCUCAGUUUGUUGAGGAGUGAUUUACACUCUCUUCCUUCAAUAGAAGAAUAUUCUAUGGAAAAGACCCUCAUUGUAAUGCUAACCAGCUAGUGAGUGCACUAUAUAAAAAAUGAUAACACAGAAAAGAAUAAAAUCCACAGCAGAUGAAAGUCCAACCAGGUAGAAAACAAUCUAAGAAAAUUAUGUAAGAGCCAACAUUUUUUAAGUACCUUUCUCUGAAACUAUACUAAACAUACUUUGUUCAAAGUGAGAGGCUUGAAGGUUGAAUCUCCUUUCAUGUCAUGUUCAUGUCAUUUAAUGACAAAUGACAACUGCCUUGGCAUGCCUAGUAACAUAUCAGACUUGUAUGCCACCAUAAUGGUCCUGACAGAUUCAGUCACUGAUGAUGAUGACUGAAUUCAUUCUGUUUUCAUUUCAGUUUCUCAGUGUUUCCAGAAUGCUCCAACUUUCCAAGGCUGGGCAUUACAAUGGUGGUAACAGUAACAGUGAGAAAUAUUCUUUCUGAGAAGUGCAAUCUCUCCAGGGACUACAUUAGUCAGGAAUGUCACAGUAACAUGCAAGUCUGGCAUUUCACCAUUUAGACCUUAGAUUAGGGUUGUCCUCUCAUUAAAUAAGUUGGACUUUCCAGCAUCCAACACAAAAUAUAGAUGGAACAAAGUUCUGCUAUUUUUAUAUUGCCUUUUGGCAGACCAACAAGUAAUAACAAGGUUCUAUUGAUGUUUAUAAAUAUAGAUUUGUCUUUGUGUUGGUAAUAUGAUAAUAAUUUGCUGUUUACCAGCACUAUCAGUCUCUUAUUUUGUGGAUUGCAGUGGCAGAUCAUUCAAUUCAGUCAAAAGCAAGGAUGGGUCAUUCAUGUAUUUUCAGAUUAAGCCACUUACAAAAAAUUAACUGGCUGAUUCUUUAAAUAAUAUAUGCAUUUAAUAAAAUAUGUUGAUAACUUGCAUUCUGUGCAUGCCCUUUUAUGUCAAAUAAUACAUAAACAUAUAUUAGUUUUCUGAAAAACAAAACAAAAAAGUACACCAUAAUCAAUGCUGAAAUUUAUUUUCUGCAAAGAUUCAGUUAUGUCUAAAGUGACACCUACUGACAUUUUUUUGUCUUCAUAUUGGGGAUGGUACUGAAAUGCAUUGAAAAUACCAAUUUCAUUGAAGUACCUAGAAUAGAUUCACUGGAAAAAUUAAUAGGAAAAGAGAAUCAAGAGCAAGAUUCAUGGAAAUAUAAAUGUUAGCAAAUACACAUUAACAUCACCAAUAUGCAAAGUUACUGAUUUCACCAUCUUUGAAGUUAUAAAGACUAUCAUAACAAGCUAUUCUUAGUUUUAUACAACUCUAAUAAUCAAGGGCAUAGAUUCCCUCAGGGAUAGUCAUUAAUAAGUGUACUUAUAUAAUUUAUGAUAUGACGUGUAAUUGCAAAUAUUCCAAAUUGACUGUAUGCAUCAUGUGAGAUCUUUCUCUGAUGCUCCAUGGUUGAAAAAGAAAAGUUCAAUCUAAAAGAUAUAAAAAUUAUUACUCUUAUCUACCUAGUUUUUGUGCAUUAGUGACACCUUGAUCUUUUUAUUUGUAAUACUAUCUGGUGAUGUACUCAGGGACACUUUACAAUAGUAGUCAGACUUGUGGAUUUAUAAUUGGUAAGAGGAAAUGUUGCAAUUAUGUCCACUCAAUUUUUUUUUUUUUUUUUUUUUUUUUUUUUUCUAUUACUAUUUUGUUUCAAGCUGAAAUUCUGAUUUUUGUAACAUGUGGAUGUUUAAUAGUGGAUCAAAAUAUAUGUACAAAGCUUAUAUUUAAUUGAUUUAAAAUAGCAUACACAAAUAUGGAAAUUUUGCGAUAUGGUCAUAAUUGUGAAAAUGGUAGUUUAGUUAGUGAAUAAUAUGUAUAAUUACUGAAAUAUGAAGCAAGAAAGUUGUAACAUAUGUUUGAUUGCCUACUUAUCUCCAUCCUAUUUAACCUCUCACUUGCUAACAUUUGCCAUCCUCCCUCUGCCAAUAUUCCUUCCUAUCCUGAUUUUUAUCUUGUUUAAAUACUAUAAAAACAAAUUACUGUAACCCUUCAAACAUCCUUUUCAUUACCUUAGCAUGCAACACUUCUCUCAGUUUUCUGUCUCACUACUGUAAUUUAUCAUACUUUUCUGCUCACCUCUCUCCAAGUAUAUCUUUUAACAUCUACAUCCCACUAUUCUAAUAUAUCUGGUACAUUUUCCCUCUGGCUCUCAAAUGAAAAUUAUGUUUGGAUUAGCAAAUUAUAAAGGACCUAUACAAAUUAAGCAUUAUUUACUUAUUAUUCUAAAUAAUUUCACAUUUGUAAUAUAUUUGUUAUAUGAUUUUACAUUAAUAAACUGUAUUCAGUAUC